GAAGCGGGAGCGCGGCGUGGCCACGUGUGCGGGCCAUGGCGGGCGGGCUGGAGCCGCACCUGGCGGCGCUGCGGCGGGAGCUGGGCGGCCCCGCCGCGCUCUCCGUGCUCGUCGCGCUCAUCGCCGUCGCCGUCACCUUCUUGAUCUGGCGGUUCGUGCAGGGCAGGAAGAGCAGCCGCAAGGCCGUGCUGCUGCUGGGCCUCUGCGACGCGGGGAAGACGCUGCUUUUCGCGCGGCUGCUGUCGGGGCGCUACCGCGACACGCAGACCUCCAUCACCGACAGCUCUGCCACCUACAGGCUCAGCCAGGACAAGAGCACCAAUGUGACCCUGAUCGACCUUCCAGGCCAUGAGAGCCUGAGGCUGCAGUUCCUGGAGAGGUUCAAGGCUGCAGCCAGAGCCAUCGUGUUUGUGGUGGACAGCGUGGCCUUCCAGCGGGAGGUGAAGGAUGUGGCAGAGUUCCUGUACCAGGUGCUGGUGGACAGCACCGUGCUCCGCAACGCGCCCGCGCUGCUCAUCGCCUGCAACAAGCAAGAUGUCACAAUGGCAAAAUCGGCAAAACUCAUCCAGCAACAGCUGGAGAAAGAGCUCAAUACCCUGCGGGUGACACGCUCUGCAGCCCCCACCAGCCUGGAUGGCUCAGCCACAGGGGGCCCUGCCCAGCUGGGGAAGAAGGGCAAGGACUUCGACUUCUCCCAGCUGCCCAUGAAGGUGGAGUUUGUGGAGUGCAGUGCUCGGGGCAGCAAGGGAGAGGAGGGAGAGGCUGACUUGGAGGGCCUCGAGAAGUGGCUGGUGAAGGUGGCCUGAAGAGAGAUGCACAGGGCUGGGGGGCUGAAGGGAAAAAGAUGGCUUGGAGCACUCAAAUCUCAUCUUGGUGUGAAAAGAAGGAACUUCAGCUGGAAGUCAGCACUGUGGUGUGUUCUUCUGCUGCUCAUGAGCUUGGGAGAGAUGACAAUUGCUGGUGUGAUGCCCUCUGGCUGUCCCUUCAUGCUGCAAUGUUUUUAUCCUCUCCCCUCUUCCCUUGCCCUCCUCUGGGCUGCUGAACCUCUGGGCUUUCCUUUUUCUUUAAUCUUUAGGCUUUUCAUCUGCUAGUUGCCAAGCAAAUUAGGAAGGAGUGCACUGGCAGGUGAGUUUUAGAGGCUGGAGUGAGCCUGUCCUUUCCUGCCAUGGUUUACACCCCUGUUUCCUCUCAGAGACACUGACCAUCUUAUGGUUGGGGCUGCUGGGGAGCACUGCACAGGCUCCCUAAGUUGGGCAGGCAUUGAGAGAGUCUAAAAAGCUGGUUUCCUCUUUGUGUCUGCCUUCCCAUUGUUCCAAACUGGUGCAGCCCCAUUUCUGUGGGGCAGGAGGAGUGUGAAAUGCCCAAACCUGACUGCCUGCCCUGCUUUACUCCCUGGGGUCAGCUCUGUGCCCAUGUCUGGUGAUUUCCUCUCUUGAUCAGCUCCUGGGAGUUUUUCUUCAGCUGAGGGCUGUGUCCUGGAAGCUUCACUCUGCUUCUCCUUCCAAGCUCUCCUCCCACAGCCAGCAACAAACACUCUGAGAGUGGCAGAGCUACAGGGGGUCAUGGCAUGAAGCUGUGAGAUGGGCACACUUCCAGAUCUGGACCUGCCAGGCGUUUGCUGUGCAGACUCCUGCUGCCUCCUGCUGCACUGGCUGCAGGAAGGUCUUGCUCUGUGUGUAAUUAAUUAGUCAGCACUUAUGGCAGAGUGGGAGGGAAAGUCAAGGAGCUGCCAGCACGUGAGUGCUUCCUCCUUGUGGCAGGGCUGCUCAAGGAACAGGGGAAAGAAAGGGGAGAUUUUCCCACUGUGUCUCACUGCACAUUGCAGAGUUCCAGUGCAGUGGCAUUUUCCCUUUGUUUGUGGCUUCCCCUGCUGUUUUAGGGUUGGGGGGUGGCUGGCUCCUGGCAGACCCUUUUUGUAGUUUGUAGCCCACUCUCCCCUGUGGUUUGAGUCCUCCUUCAUCACUCAACUCAUCCGUUGUGUUCUUUUCCUUCUCUGGGGCUUUUCCUGCCUCCCUGCAGCAUUGCCAAGUGUUGGGAAGAGCAGGAACAGCCUGCAGCAAAGCCCUGUGCCUGUAAUGAAGCUGGUCCUUGCAUUUCCAGCCUCAGGAGCUAUCCGUGCAGGAGGUGGGGAGGGUUUUAUUUACCAAACAUGUUACAUUCUUCUGUUUCCUGCAGGCAGAGUCGUGUUGGAACGUGUUUGUCAUGCUUUGAACUCCUUUAGCUGGAGGUCUUGGGCUGCCUGCUUCAAAUCCAUAAUGCUGAAAUGAUUUUGGGCAAAAAAAUUGCUGUUUCUUUAUGUGAUUGUUCUUGCAAAGACACAGAAGCCAAGCACCAGCCUCAGCUUAAGGGGGGGAGGUACCAUGAGGCCAUGGUGGGUUUUAAGUUAUUAUUUUUAAAAGUAUUCCUUAAGUAAAUUCUUUUAUGCUUAAAUGUU